CGCUCCCGCCGGUGGAGUUCAUUCUAUUCAGUGCGGCCUAUCGUCAACAUACAAAAUUAAGCUCUUACGUAUCGUUAGGCGUUUGUCGAACAUAAUGGCCAAUCCUAAGUGUUAUUUUGACAUCACAAUUGGUGGCAAAGAUGAAGGGAGAAUCGUAAUGGAGCUUCGUGCUGAUGUUGUGCCCAAGACGGCAGAGAACUUCCGUGCACUCUGCACUGGUGAAAAAGGUUUUGGCUUCAAGGGUUCAAAGUUUCACCGUGUCAUUCCUGACUUCAUGUGUCAAGGUGGUGACUUUACCAAAGGCAAUGGAACGGGAGGCAAAAGUAUUUAUGGGGAGAAGUUUGCUGAUGAGAACUUCACUCUGAAGCAUGAAGGACCUGGUACCUUGUCUAUGGCAAAUGCCGGACCGAACACAAAUGGAUCACAAUUUUUCCUGUGCACAGUCAAGACUACUUGGUUGGAUGGAAAGCAUGUUGUCUUUGGAAAAGUGGUGGAUGGAAUGGAUGUUGUAAAGAAAAUUGAAAGCAAGGGGUCCGGAAGUGGCACACCUUCAGCACCAGUUGUGAUUAAGGAUUGUGGACAGUUGUAAUUGUUUUUUCUUGUAACAUUGAUCUAUUUUCAAUGGUUUCUCUUCUGUAUGCUCUUUCAAGCUGAGUUUUUGGAACUGUUAAAUUUCGUAAUUUGGUACUUAGUGUCUGACAUGGUUAAUCAUUAGCUCGAAAAGUCUUGUAUACUCUUGUCAUUGAAAUCAUUUCAUUUAAGUACAUUCGUGUCAUGAAAAAAUCAUGUCUUGCUGUAAAUCCUAUUGUCCGUAAAAUGCCAAUAAACUGGCAUGAACUACCACCAGGACAAAUGAUUUGUCUGUUUAUCU